AUGGCCCCAUUCUGGCUAAACUUCUCCAAAAUCAUUGCUCAUAUUGGUUUCCUAACUACAAAUCUCGCAAAUUCAAUCGUUAUUUUCGUAACAAUAUUUCGAAUCAAAAAAUCAUUCGGAACCUAUCGAUUUCUAAUUAUUUUCGUCUCAAUUCUUGGAAUGAUUUUCGCCAAUUUGGAUGUUUUAAUUUUUCCGAAUUUGCAUAAUUAUAACAGUGGUUUUGUAUUUUUCACAACUUCAGAUUAUUUUGAAAAGGGCAUUUUGGAAGUUUUAAUGGGUAAGAACUUCUUGAGAUUGAGGGGAAAAACAAAAUUUUUCAUUAAAGCUUCUUAUUACGGUCUUUAUGGCUCUACAAUUUCAUCAAUUACGGUCCAAUUUAUUUACAGAUAUUGGGCCGUUUUUCAGUGAGUUUUGAAUCAUUUUUUGAAGUACGUACGAAUUCUUUCAAAAAAUUCCAGUUCUUCCAAACUUCGCUACUUCAAAAAUCACUGGUAUUUUCUUUGGGUUUUCUAUGUUUUCCUCAUUGGAAUCAUUAAUUCAGUCAGCAUGUAUUAUUUCGCGAAUUUCGACGAAUUUUCCAAAAAUUAUUUCAAAAAUGUAUUGACAGAUUUCUACGCUUUGAAUAUUUCAACAGUUUCAGGAUUUACGAUGGUUGUACAUGUGAGUCAGAUUCAUCAGAAAGCCUAAAUUUUUAUCCUAAAGUUUUUAAGGAUUCUCAAAAUUCUUUGCGAUGGUUUCCAAGUUUUUUCACAUUUCAAGAAACGUUUCUCUUAUUCUCUCAAUAUUUUAUAAUGUUAUUUAUUGUUCGAAAAAUGAAUGGAGAAAUGGAAUAUCUUUUGAGUAGAUUUUCGCCGAAUCUUCGACGAUUAAAUCGACAAAUGUAUCGAACUUUGAAAUUGCAAAUCAUUAUUCCAACAAUUAACCUAUUUGCUCCUGUAUUUUUCACAAUUUAUGCACCGUUUUUUGGCGAAUAUUUUGAAAUCAAUGUUCCAAUUGGGAUAUUUACUUGUGGUCUUGGUUUAUUUCCAGCUUUUGAUGCGGUUUUAUUGAUUUUCAUGGUCACAGAAUAUCGCGAUGUUUUCAAGGGUUAGCGAGGGCAAAAUUCUGCUUUUUAUAUGGAAAAUUUUAAUUAAAAUUUCAGGUCUGCUCCCGAAAAAGCAUAGAAUCUCAUCUGCCACAAUUACAUAG